CGCUGAUGAUGCCGCUCGGAGCGGAGCGCUCGUCCGUUUCUGAGCGCGGCUCCAACCGUAGAUCGAGAGUCUGAAGCCGGAUGAGAGCAGAGAGGAGUCUGGAGUCUGAUGAUGGAUGAUCGGAGCUCUGCGUCAUCGCUCGGACUGCUGUGACGAGGAUUCAUCAAAGGGUCGACGAUUAGGACUCCACUCAGUCUGACACUCAGCCUCUGACAGGAUGAUCGAGGAAGGCAGUAAACGAGGCAAGGCCAUGGUGGAGAAGAGACAGCUCUUCAUGGAAAUGAGAGCUCAAAACUUCGAUGUGAUCAGACUGUCGACCUACAGGACUGCCUGUAAACUCCGCUUUGUGCAGAAGAGAUGUAAUCUUCAUCUGGUGGACGUCUGGAACAUGAUCGAAGCGUUUCGUGACAACGGGCUCAACACGUUGGACCACAACGCUGAGAUCAACGUGUCCCGACUGGAGACGAUCCUGUCCUCCAUCUACUACCAGCUCAACAAACGGCUGCCCACCACACACCAGAUCAACGUGGACCAGUCCAUCGGACUGCUGCUCAACUUCAUGGUGGCUACAUAUGACAGUGAGAGCCACGGGAAGCUGACAGUUUUCUCCAUGAGAGCGAUGUUAGCGACCAUGUGUGGAGGGAAGAUCGUCGACAAACUCCGCUAUAUUUUCUCCCAGAUCUCUGACUCGAGUGGAGUCAUGAUGUUUGCUAAGUUUGACCAGUUUCUGAGGGAGGUCCUGAAGCUCCCCACGGCCGUGUUUGAGGGUCCGUCUUUUGGAUAUACGGAGCACUCAGUGAGGACGUGUUUCCCUCAGCAGAAGAAGAUCAUGCUGAACACAUUUUUAGAUGUGAUGAUGGCAGAUCCUCCUCCUCAGUGUCUGGUAUGGCUCCCGCUCAUGCACAGACUGGCUAAUGUUGAAAACGUCUUCCAUCCGGUGGAGUGUUCCUACUGCCGCAGUGAGAGUAUGAUGGGUUUCCGUUAUCGCUGUCAGCAGUGUCAUGGUUACCAACUCUGUCAGAGCUGCUUCUGGCGUGGCCAUGCCAACGGACCCCAUAGCAACCAGCAUCAGAUGAAGGAGCACUCCUCCUGGAAGUCUCCGGCUAAAAAGCUGAGCCAUGCCAUCAGUAAAUCUCUGGGCUGUGUCCCCAUCGGAGAGCCGCCACAUCCUGUGUUUCCUGAGCAGGCGGAGAGACCGCAGGAGCUGACCCACACCGUUCAGCCGAAACCAGCGGCCAACAACAUGAACGACACAAUGCUCAUGUCCUCUGGGGCACCCACUCCCACCAAAAGCGUCUUGGAGAGUCCGAGCCGGUUAGACGAAGAGCACCGCCUCAUCGCUCGCUACGCCGCCCGCCUUGCAGCCGAGGCGGGAAACUCCACGCAACAGUGUCCUCCAACGGAUCUGAGCUUCAACUUUGAUGCAAAUAAGCAACAGAGACAACUGAUCGCAGAGCUGGAGAACAAAAACAGGGAGAUCCUCCAGGAGAUCCAGCGGCUUCGUCUCGAGCAUGAACAGGCCUCUCAGCCAACCCCAGAGAAAGCUCAGCAGAACCCCACGCUCCUGACAGAGCUGCGUCUCCUCAGACACAGGAAGGAUGAGCUGGAGAGGCGUAUGUCGGCGCUGCAGGAGAGUAGACGUGAGCUGAUGGUUCAGCUGGAAGGACUGAUGAGGUUACUGAAGGAUGAGGAGCAGAAACAGGCUUCCCAGUCUGGAGGCUCCCCUCACUCGUCCCCCAGUCACGGGGCCGGCUGCUCUAUGCCCAUGCCCAUACGCUCCACCUCAGCUGGAUCCACCCCGACCCACACGCCACAGGACUGCCUGGCCGGGGUGGGGGGGGACGUACUGGAGGCCUUCGCUCAGGGUGUUCCUAGAAAUCUACGGAAUGAUCUUUUAGUAGCUGCUGACUCAAUCACUAACACCAUGUCAUCUCUGGUGAAAGAGCUCCAUUCAGUCGAUGACGGGGCAGAGGACGAGGAGACCAACAUGAGGAACGGUGGGGACAGAGCUGAAGCAGAAUGAUCAUGAAAAAGCACAGCAAGAAUACUGAAGCACUGAGGACAAGCAAACACCAUCCACCCUGUAAGGACAUUCAGUCAUCAACUGGGACGAUUGAGAUACCAGAUCUACCCCCCCGGCAUUAGCACGUAGAGUAAUGCAUGCUGUAAUCUCUGAGGAUUUCACUAUGUGAACAGAAACCUUCUCCACGUCUUACAGAGACUAAGAUGUGUUAAUUAGAGAGUCUGUAUGUUGUCCUGUAAUUAUCAAUGACUGCUGAACAAUGGCUAGCUGUGCUUUCUCCUACUGCAGCAGAUCAUUCUGGAUAUAAACACGUCUGACCACGGGAACACGCCGCCAUGACAGAGGUCACAUGACUCUGACCUCCUGUCACAUGUUCCCCUCAUCGCUUUUGUAUGAUCAGUGUUUGAUUAUUGAGGUCUUAUUGUUUUUGCAUGAAGCUGCACUCAUGUCUGAUUUAGGGACCAUAUCGUACCAGCUCUCUGUGGGUGAGGAUGGAGAGGGGACAGUGUCCCUCCUCUCUGUUGGUAAGGACGACCGAGUGGGGGCAGUGUCCCUCCUCUCUGAGGGUGAGGAUGGGGGAGGGGGGCAGUUUCCCUCCUCUGGCUGCGUUUACAUGCACAUCCAUAUUCUGUUUCAUUUGUCUGAGCUCAGACUCCUCCUCAAGUUCAAGUUUUUUACUGUUUGAGCUGUGGGGUUUAGGUCUAAAUCAAAAUCCUCAGUAAGUGUUUUCUCCUGUUUCAGUCUUUAUGUUGAACUAAGCUUCCACUAGCUGUAAAUUCAAACAAACAGAAAAGAAAUAAUACAGACUUAGACCUACAACUCCUGCAACACAGUACACUAGUGUUCUAUUAAGAAAUAUAAGAUUCCCUUCAAUGAAUAACAAAACUGGAUUCAGAUCAGAUAUUAAUUGACCAUAAAACUGUCAUUGGGUGGGCUCUGAUCCAGGCUGGUCCAGGCUUUGAAACUGGAUCAUCCAGAUUUUGAACCAUGCUAGUCCAGGGUUUAAACCAUGCUAGUCCAGGCUUUGAUUCAGGUUGGUCAGGCUUUGAACCAGGCUGGUCUGGAUUUUGAACCAAAAUUGUCCGGGCUUUGGACCAGGCUGGUCCAGGCUUUAAACAAUGCUGGUCCAGGCUUUGAACCAGGUUGGUCAGGCUUUGAACCAGGCUGGUCUGGAUUUUGAACCAGAAUUGUCUGGGCUUUGGACCAGGCUGGUCCAGGCUUUAAACAAUGCUGGUCCAGGCUUUGAACCAGGUUGGUCAGGCUUUGAACCAGGCUUGUCAAGGUUUGGAUCCAGGCCUGUUCGGGCCAUGAACCAGGUUGUAGACACAAUGAGUUCUGCUGUAGACCAUGACUGUUCCAAUUCUGGUUUUACUGGGGCUCCGUUUCUUUUGCAGCUGGCCUCAAACAGACUCCCUGAUCCUUAGCUUUCAUCUUUGUCUCUCUCUGUAACUCUGAAGGUUGCUUCUUGUUUUAGAACAAUUCCAGAGCCUAAGCAUGAGUCAGAGCCUAAACAGCAGUAAGAGUCUAAGCAGGAGUAAGAGUCUAAGAAGGAGUCAGAGGCUAAACAGGAGUAAGACUCUAAGCAGGAGUCAGAGUCUAAGCAGGAGUCAGAGGCUAACCAGGAGUAAGACUCUAAGCAGGAGUCAGAGUCUAAGCAGGAGUCAGACUCUAAUCAGGAGUCAGAGUCCACGCAGUCAGAGUCUAAGCAUUGGUCAAAGCCAGAGCAGGAAUCAGAGUCUAAGCAGGAGUCAGAGCCUAAGCAGGUGUCGGAGUCUAAGCAGGUGUCAGAGUCUAAGCAGGUGUCAGAGUCUAAGCAGGUGUCAGAGUCUAAGCAGGUGUCAGAGUCUAAGCAGCAGUCAGAGCCUAAGCAGGAGUCAGAGCCUAAGGUGUAAGAGUCUAAGCAGGAGUCAGAGUCUAACCGGGAGUCAGAGUCUAAACUGUAAUCAGUCUCUAAACAGGAGUAAGAGUCUAAGCAAGAGUCAGAGUCUAAGCAGGAGUCAGAGCCUAAGCAGGAGCCAGAGUCUAAGCAGGAGACAGAGCCUAAGCAGGAUUAAGACUCUAAUCAGGAGUCCGAGUCUAAACAGCAGUAAGAGUCUAAGCAGGAGUCAGAGUCUAAGCAGGAAUCAGAGUCUAAGCAGGAGUCAGAGCCUAAGCAGGAGUCAGACCUGGUCUCCAGAAUAUUCUGUGCAUGUAAACUCCCUCACUGUGUCACUAACUACUCUGCUGCUAUCAUGCUCUCAGAGAGCUACCCUGAACCAUGAGGGCUGUGCGAUUACGAGAAACCAAGGGGCUACAAAAACCACAAUCAUGAGCUGCAGUCUCUAGUCCGCGUCCCUGUAUCUACAGUGGACUAGCUGGUACCUCAGUAUUUCUAAUUGAAAGGUAAGGAGACACCUCAGGAUGUUAACAUGGGGAAGAAUCAACAUGAGCCUGUCUGUGUAGGGUCAUAGUUAGGUAGGAAAUGCUCAUAGUUUUAUUUAGAGAAUAAAGGUUUAGUGAAAAUGUUCAUGUAGGUGCUCAGGGAAUGUAGAACUACUGUAGGAUUAUGGUCCUAUUUAUCUAAGAUCUAACAGACCACAGCCCUGUGGCAUUAACACUAAUGAUGAUCGGAGGGUUUCAUUCCAGAAUAUUCACUCACUACUGUAAAAACUAGUCCUCCUUCUUUCUCCUGCUGAGUUCAAGUUUGAAGUAGAUCAUUUUGUUCCUUUUUACCAGAGAUUCAGACUCAUUUUGGAGUGAAGCUCUUCAGAUUCAUCAGGGAAAAACAACAGGAAGUGAUCAGUGUGAGGAUGUGGAUCAGUAGAGUUUAUCUGGAGGGGCAUGAUGAUGGAGGUGGUUUGAGGGAAUCCGUCACCUUCAGUGGUUCAAAGCUUUGGUCUGUUCUUGGAUAAAAAUGAAUUUAUUCAUUCAUGACAAAGGCCUGGGAGGUGAUUAAGAAAAAAAUAGGAGAAUUGUUAAGAAAUAAAGGUUAAAAUGAGACCAAUUCAAGCUGAUUAAACCAAACAUGCCCUGAUAUUCAGUUAGUCUGUCCUAUAAACUACAGAGAAGGUUUCAUCAGAUGGUCCUCUACCUUUGUGGAGGGUUUUGUCAGCCCCUCUUAUAAACUACAGUGACAGUUUCAUCGGGUGGUCCUAUAACCUUUGCAGUGGGUUAAUCGGCUUCUCUUAUAAACUACAGAAAAGGUUUUAUCAGGUGGUCCUUAAACCUUUGUGGAGGGUUUCAUCGGCCUCUCUUAUAAACUACCGAGAAGGUUUCAUCAGGUGGUCCUUUAACCUUUGUGGAGGGUUUCAUCGGCCUCUCUUAUAAACUACCGAGAAGGUUUCAUCAGGUGGUCCUUUAACUUUUGGAGGGUUCCAUCUGUCAGUGUGGAGAAAAAGAACCAAAAGAGGCUCCUGUUGUCAGCGUUUCUAACUGUGCUGUUUUCAUCAGUUCUGCUCUAUGUUAGCGUUCUCCUUCUUAUUCUCAUUUGUAGUUUUAGUGGAGUAUAGUCAGUGUAAUGAUUUUGUCCACACAGAGUCAGGUGUUUUAACACCUGUGACUAUCAAGGGUAAAAGAGUCCGAGCUGCUGAGGUUUGAAGCAGAAAUCUUUAAAAGCAGAGGAGUUUAUGUCUUCCCCUUCAUCCUGGCCACAUUUUAAAGAAGUUUGCUCUCUUUCUGUUCUUUCAGUUUGUGCCUGUAGCUGUUCUGUAAAGUGCUGUAAAGUAAGCAUUCAGCCAAUCUGAUGAUCUAUCAGCCUUUCUGUCUGUGACUGUAGACUUUUAUUUAUUGAUGAUUUAACGUGUUCUGGAGGGAAACUGACGCUCAGCCUUUACAUUUGUGCCAAACUGUUAGCAGAAAUUGUGUGUCUUUAUUCCCAUCCCAGGUAAAUAUGGAAGUAUAUCUGCAUUAGUGCAUCAUAGUUGUCAUAGUUUAACCUGAAUGCCUGGAGAUAUUUUCAUCAUUUCUGCUGGGAAAAUUUGUUUUUAAUCAUUGAUCAACACAUUCCAGAUCUACAGACAGACAGGCACUGAUGUCAUUCUAGCCAACAUGGAGGCAAUACUAUAAACCCUGUCAGCCCAAACUCUGGGUAUAACUGAACACAGUCAGUCAUAAACCCUGUCAGCCCAAACUCUGGGUAUAACUGAACACAGUCAGUCAUAGACCCUGUCAGCCCAAACUCUGGGUAUAACUGAACACAAUCAGUCAUAAACCCUGUCAGCCCAAACUCUGGGUAUAACUGAACAAGUCAGUCAUAAACCCUGUCAGCCUAAACUCGGGUCUAACUGACCAGAGACGGUCAUUAACCCUGUCACAAAAACUCAGGGUCUAACUGACCAUAGUACGUCAUAAACCCUGUCAGCAAAUACGUUGUGUUUUAUUAGACACAGUGGAUUAUAAACCCAGCCCAAACUCUGGGUCUGACUGAACACUGUUGGUCAUAAACCCUGUCAGCCCGAUAUCGGGGACUUAGUGAACACUGUAGGUCAGAAACCCUGUCAGCCCAAACUCGGGGACUUAUUGCACACUGUAGGUCAGAAACCCUGUCAGCUCAAACUCGGGGACUUAUUGAACACAGUGGGUCAUGAACCCCUGUCAGCCCAAACUUUGGGUCUAACUGAACACAGUGGGUCAUACAGAGGUGCAGACAUGGGGAUCCUUCUAGAACAGCCAUGUUCCCAUCAUGUUCUUCUCUCUGUCCGUGUUCUUUAUGGUUCUGCUUCUGCUACACUUUUGGUUCUCAUUUUGAUUUGACUCUAACAUUGUUUUAUG